AGCCAGGCGCACCGAGCCAGGCGAGGGGGCGGGCACUCAGGCCGCGUGCUGCAGAGUCCUCCGCCGUCCCAGCAUUCCCUGCGCCCGGACCAUCGAGCGCAGCUUCCGGCGUCGCUGGUGGAGGUGGGUGAAGAAGGAGCGGGCCCUCGCCGCUCGUUCUCGCUCCCUCUCUCCCUCUCUCUUUCUCUCUCUCUCGCUCUCUCGGGCAACAUGGCGGGCGUGGAGGAGGCAGCGUCCUUCGGGGGCCACCUGAAUGGCGACCUGGAUCCCGACGACAGGGAAGAGGGAACCUCCAGCACGGCCGAGGAAGCCGCCAAGAAGAAAAGACGGAAGAAGAAGAAGGGCAAAGGGGCUGUGUCAGCAGUGCAACAAGAACUUGAUAAAGAAUCAGGAACCUCGGUGGAUGAAGUAGCAAAACAGUUGGAGAGACAAGCACUGGAGGAGAAAGAGAGAGAUGACGAUGAUGAAGAUGGAGAUGGUGAUGUUGAUGGCGCAACUGGAAAGAAGAAGAAGAAGAAGAAGAGGAAGAGAGGACCAAAAGUUCAAACAGACCCUCCCUCAGUUCCAAUAUGUGACCUGUAUCCUAAUGGUGUGUUUCCCAAAGGACAAGAGUGUGAAUACCCACCCACACAAGAUGGGCGAACAGCUGCUUGGAGAACCACAAGUGAAGAAAAAAAGGCCCUAGACCAGGCUAGUGAGGAGAUUUGGAAUGACUUCCGAGAAGCUGCGGAAGCACAUCGGCAGGUUAGAAAAUAUGUCAUGAGCUGGAUCAAGCCUGGGAUGACAAUGAUAGAAAUCUGUGAGAAGUUGGAAGACUGUUCCCGAAAGCUAAUAAAGGAAAAUGGAUUAAAUGCAGGCCUGGCGUUUCCCACAGGGUGUUCCCUCAACAACUGUGCUGCCCAUUACACUCCCAAUGCUGGCGACACGACAGUCUUACAGUAUGAUGACAUCUGUAAGAUAGACUUUGGAACACAUAUAAGUGGUAGAAUAAUCGAUUGUGCUUUUACUGUUACUUUUAAUCCCAAAUAUGACAUAUUAUUAAAAGCUGUAAAAGAUGCCACUAAUACUGGAAUAAAGUGUGCUGGGAUUGACGUUCGUCUCUGUGAUGUCGGUGAGGCCAUUCAAGAAGUUAUGGAAUCCUAUGAAGUAGAAAUAGAUGGGAAGACAUAUCAAGUGAAACCCAUACGUAACUUAAAUGGACAUUCAAUUGGGCCAUAUAGAAUUCACGCUGGAAAAACAGUGCCCAUUGUGAAAGGAGGGGAAGCUACAAGAAUGGAGGAAGGAGAGGUGUAUGCCAUUGAGACGUUUGGUAGCACAGGGAAGGGCGUGGUUCAUGAUGACAUGGAAUGUUCACACUACAUGAAAAAUUUUGAUGUGGGACAUGUGCCAAUAAGGCUUCCAAGAACAAAACACUUGUUAAAUGUCAUCAACGAAAACUUCGGUACCCUUGCCUUCUGCCGAAGGUGGCUGGAUCGCUUGGGAGAAAGUAAAUACUUAAUGGCUCUGAAGAACCUGUGUGACUUGGGCAUUGUCGACCCAUACCCGCCACUGUGUGACAUUAAAGGAUCAUACACGGCACAGUUUGAACACACCAUACUGUUGCGUCCAACCUGUAAAGAAGUUGUCAGCAGAGGAGAUGACUAUUAAACUUAGUCCAGAGCCAAUUCAACGUCUUUAUUUUCUAAGCUUUAUUGGAACACAUUAUACCACAAGUAAUUUGCAACAUGUUGUCUGUGUUAGCAGUGGACCUGUGUAAUACCGUUAUCCAUGUUUAAAGGAGUUUGAUCAAAGGCAAACUGUCUACAUGUAAUUAACCAAGGAAAGGCUUUCAAGACUUUAAUGUUAACUGUUUCUCCCGUCUAGGAAAUGCUGUACUGCUCACUAGUUAGGAAUUACUUACAAGUUUUGUUUUGAAGACCUAAGAGAUGCUUUUUGGAUAUUUAUAUUGCCAUAUUCUUACUUGGAUGCUUUGAAUGACAACAUACAUCCAGUUCUGCACCUAUGCCCUCUGGUAUUGCUUUUUAACCUUCCUGGAAUCCAUUUUCUAAAAAAUAAAAGACAUUUUCAGAUCUGAGAGCUA